CAUCCUCCCGCAGUGAUUGUCAUCCCGUCAAUAUGUCGGACAAAGGCUACAGAUACUUCAAAGUCACGGUUCCUGAGCCAUGGAUAGCUCACGUUGAGAUCAAUCGGCCGAACCACUUAAAUGCGAUUUUCCAAGACGUGUGGAGGGAAAUGAGAACCGUCUUUGAAGACCUCUCCACUGACCCAUCCGUCCGAGCGAUCGUUUUGUCCGGGUCCGGCGAGAAGGCGUUCUCCGUCGGCAUAGAUCUCAAAUGGGCUUCGAAAGAAGGCUCGCCAUUUAUCCCCGCGCCGAACGAGGAUUUUGAUCCGGCCAGACGUGCCACAACCCUCAGGAGAUGGGGGGUUGAAUUCCAGGAGUGUAUCACAAGUAUUGAGAAAUGUGAAAAGCCUGUUAUUUGUGCUAUGCAUGGGUAUGCAUUAGGAAUGACGACCGACAUCUGCUCGGCCGCAGAUAUGCGAAUCUGUUCUAAAGACACGGUCUUUUGUGUCAAGGAGGUUGACCUCGGAAUUGCCUCGGACAUAGGGAUUCUCUCGCGACUGCCGAAAGUUGUAGGGUCAUACACCUGGGUCAAAGAUGUGGCAAUGACUGGCAGGAACUUCAAUGCGGAUGAGGCACUUCGUGUUGGGUUUGUGAGCAGCGUCUUCCCAACGAAGAAGGACGCCGUUGAGGAAGCAUUUAGGGUUGCAAGGAAUUUGAGUGAAAAAAGCCCAGUCGCCGUACAGACAGUCAAACAUUUCUUGGAUUACAGCCGAGACCGCACUGUUGCGGAAGGACUCCAGUACCAGAUCGCUUACAACACGUCCGCUAUUCAAACCAGAGAUGUGCCGAUUGCUAUUUCAUCGAUGAUGUCAAAGAGGAAGCCUACAUUUGAAAAGCUCUAGAAGGCAUAAGUAGCUCGUGAAUGAUUGGAAUUCUCCAGAAUGCAAGGUCAGACUCAUUUUGUAUAUAUCUUAGUCAUCCUUGCAGAUGACUCCAUUGAGU